AUGGGAAAAAACUAUGUGAACCCGAAAUUGAAUUUGGUAACUCAACUUAAUGAUCCUAGCUCCGAGGAUCAUUUGUAUUGGAGAAUCCUAAUUGGAAUUCUAAGACAAAAUUUGCUUUUGGGGCCAAUCCUGUCACUCUUAGAAAUGGAUGAUGGCCAAUCUGAUUGUGUAGUUUUCGUGUUGUAUAAACUGGGAUUUAGGAUUUACAUUUCUAAUGCAGAAGAAAAUGAUUCUAAGAUUUCCAGUGUGGUUUAUGGUGAAGGAAAAAAUGGGUUUUACUGUGUCUUUCCUGGUGGGAUUUUGGGAAAAUUUGGAAUAUCAGAUCGUUCAUGGAGUUUUAUUUCAAUAGAAGGUCAUGGAUUAGAACAAAGAAGGUAUCAUCACUUGUUUCGGUACAAAGGGGAAUUGAUACUUGUGGUUAAGGAUAGUUUUUACAGGUUUCAUACUUUCAGGUUUGAUUGGUCUGCCAUGAAAUGGAUUCCGGUGAGUGGUGUCCAUGACAAAAAAAGUACGUCACAUAUGGAUUUUGAAGGAUUUUUAUCCAAGAAUAAAGGUAACGGGGCGUUUUUGUGUGUGAAUCUGCACUAUUCGAAUGCUCCUAAUGUGUGUUGGAUUGAUCUUCCUUCUUUUGGGCAAAAAGUUUCUUGA